CCCACUGUGGCCUGACUCAGAAGUGUAGCAUCACUCCCCACCCCUCCUGCUCCUCCUUAAUCUCCCAGAUUGUCGGCGGCUUGCUGCAGUCCACGCCGCAGCCCUGAGCCGCUCCUGCGCCGGAACUCCGACCCCAUGAGACAGAUACUAUGCUCGCAUUCGUGUUGGUGUCUGGGUCGCUUUGGAUUCUUUUAGAGCUGAGUUCCACCCUGAUGGAAAAGAUGCAGGCCCAGGACAUCAUGAGUGGCCUGAGGAUACCCGAGAUGGAGGAGCUGGGACACUUCUUCCGCUCCCUGCCCACCUCCACACUCGUUGGCAUCGGGGCUUUAACCGCCGUGUUGACAUACUGGCUCGCCACCAGACCACGCCCCAUCAAGCCUCCCUGCAGCCUGCUGCACCAGUCUGAGGAAGUGCCGCAUGAAGAUGGAGGUCGCAGAUCUAUGAUGGGGGAUCCCUCCAAACUGCUGUCUCAUUACCAUGACGAUGCCAGGACUAUGUACGAGGUCUUUCAGAGAGGACUCCACAUAUCAGGUGAUGGACCCUGCUUAGGCUCCCGACAACCCAACCAGCCCUACAAAUGGAUAUCCUACAAAGAGGUGAUGGCUCGUGCUGAGCACCUGGGUUCAGGCCUUUUGCACCAAGGCUGCCUGCCCAAUCCCAAUCAAUUCAUUGGAGUCUUUGCUCAGAACAGACCUGAGUGGAUCAUCUCAGAGCUGGCGUGCUACACUUACUCAAUGGUAGUGGUGCCUCUGUAUGACACACUUGGCGCAGACGCCAUAAGGUUCAUCAUCAACACCGCCGACAUCUCCACAGUCAUCUGUGACAAAAUCGAGAAAGCUCAGGUGCUUCUGGACAACGUGGAGCGGAAAGAGACCCCAGGUCUGCGACGAAUCAUCCUGAUGGACGCGUUUGAUCCCGCCCAGGUGGAAAAAAGCAAGAACUGCGGCGUCCAUGUACAGGCCAUGCAGGAAGUGGAGGCUCUGGGAAGAGAGCACCACAGAAAACCAAUACCGCCAGCACCUGACGACCUGUCAAUUGUCUGUUUCACCAGCGGAACUACAGGAAAUCCAAAAGGAGUCAUGCUUACGCAUGGAAACGUGGUGGCAGACUUCUCAGGAUUCCUCAAAGUGACAGAUAAAGUCAUUUUCCCCAACAAAGACGAUUGCCUCAUUUCCUUCCUCCCACUGGCGCACAUGUUUGAGAGGCUCAUUGAGUCUGUAGUCUACUGUCAUGGAGGCCGGAUUGGAUUUUAUCAAGGGGACAUUCGGCUCCUGUCGGACGACAUGAAGGCCCUGCGACCGACAAUUUUCCCUGUGGUGCCUCGGCUUCUCAACCGCAUGUAUGACAAGAUUUUUAGCCAGGCAAACACCCCAUUGAAGCGCUGGUUGCUCAACUUUGCUGCCAAGAGAAAAGGUGCUGAAGUCAGCAGUGGAAUCAUUCGCAGCGACAGUAUUUGGGACAAAAUAUUCUUCAGUAAGAUUCAGGCCAGCCUGGGAGGAAGAUUGAGGAUGAUAAUCACAGGAGCCGCUCCUACCUCACCCACCGUCCUGGGUUUCCUCAGAGCAGCUCUGGGAUGCCAGGUGUACGAGGCGUACGGUCAGACAGAGUGCACGGCCGGCUGCACCUAUACCACACCGGGAGAUUGGACUCCAGGUCACGUUGGUGCUCCACUACCAUGCAAUCUCAUCAAACUGGUUGAUGUCCCUGAGAAGAAUUACUUUGCUUCUAAGGGAGAGGGAGAGGUUUGUGUGAAGGGGCCGAAUGUGUUCAAGGGUUACCUCAAAGACCCGGAGAGGACGGCGGAGACGCUGGAUGCAGACGGCUGGCUUCAUACUGGAGACAUCGGCAAAUGGUUACCUAAUGGCACACUUAAGAUCAUUGAUAGGAAAAAGCACAUUUUUAAGUUGGCGCAGGGCGAGUACAUCUCCCCGGAGAAGAUCGAGAACAUCUACAUCAGGAGUGAACCUGUGGCUCAGCUUUAUGUUCACGGAGAUAGUCUGCAGUCCUGUCUGGUGGGGAUUGUGGUUCCUGACCCUGAAAUCAUGCCUGACUGGGCAAAGAAGAAAGGAAUUUUGGGGACUUAUAAGGACCUAUGUAAAAACACGGAAUUAAAGAAGGCGAUCCUUGAAGAUCUGGUACGUCUGGGCAAAGCCAGCGGCCUCCACUCAUUUGAACAGGUUAAGAACAUCUACAUCCAUAACGAGAUGUUCUCCAUUCAGAAUGGCCUCCUGACUCCCACGCUGAAGGCCAAGAGGCCGGAGCUGAAGGAGUUCUUCAAGCAGAAAAUUGACCAGCUCUACAGCAGCAUCUCCAUGUGAAAGCUAGAAGACCUCAGUUCCUGUACGCUACAAGACACAAAGAUCUGCUGAUCUGAACAACUCACCUGCAAACGGGCCUCACGAGGCCAAACAUUUCUGUGAAAGCAAACAAAAAAAGUAGCCCAAUCGUGGAAGAUUUAGAAUGGCUAAAGUAAAACAAAUUAGAGAGGAAUAAAGUGGAAUACUUUGUACAAAGUCAGUGUGUUUCAUUUACACAUACUGUCAUAAAAAAUAUGUUAAAAGGAUAGUUAUUUAAGUAUGUAAUAACAACUUUCCUUAAGAAAUGGCAUGGCACUUAAAAAGCUAAAAGCGGAAUUUAAUUCAAUUAAAUUCUUACAUAUAUAUUUACAAAAAACUGCUCCUCCGGUUUUAUUAAGGAAAUGCUUUCCUUUUUGACCUGUGAUAACUUUAAAAAAAUGCACUAUCAAGUACUUUAAAAUAAAAAAGUAACUUGAAUAAGCUGUCUUUUUAACAGAUGCUCCUUUUUAUAAUCUUGAUUCAUGCAGUACAUGUGUAUAAAAAGGGGAAACCGUGUCAGUUCAUAAAUGCAUCCUUAAUUUGUUUGAUUUGCUUUUCCUUUAGGCAUCAUAAAUCUUCCUUUUAACUCUACCUGCUACUUUUAUCCAACAGUCCUAGUUCAGUUAACAAAAAGCAGAAAAAAGUCCCUCUUUUUUUUCCCCCACGGCUUAUCUCUCCCAAUUUAAAGCAACAGUCAGUGACCUGGUGCGCUCUAGUUACAGAUGUAUGGCAGCAAGUGUGAAGUUCUUGUGUGUAGAGUAGCUUUAGGAGGUCAAGAAACAAAAAGAACCCCUGGUGGAGAACCCUUUUAUUGGAACCAAAAAACUGGUCGCUGCAGUUGGGUCUGAUCCCAAAUGAUGAUACACUUGGAAAAAAAUAAACAUAAGUUGCUUUCUGACAUCAACAAUGACAAUGCUAAGAAAGUAGUAGCUUUUGCUGUCUGCACUGUUUGAUGUAGAGCCUCACUGUCUCUAAUUCACCACCACAUCACUCCAUACGUUUGGAGUUCAUCGCAGAAAACACAUCACCAAAACGUAGUGGUGAGACAUUCAUCUUGCAUGCAUUUAGUUUAUGCAAAGGACUGGCCCGGAGUAACGUUCGUAUUCCUUUUGCGAGUGAAGUCAUGUUUGGUUUACUCAUCUUUUCAAUAGAAUGUCAGGUUAAAAACUAAUGGAAAACCAGGGCUCAGGGCAAUGCAUGCAGUUUGUCCUGCAAUGCUGGGACCAUUGGCAUUGAACUUCAAUGAAAAACAAAAAUUCAACAAUCAUUUAAGUGAGGCUGUGUGCAGCAGCUCACACCCACUGGACUUUGUAACUGGCAAAACAGAUGUUUUCUCAUAGAAAGUAACAAACAUGAACUUAAAAAAAAAUACAGGUUUUUUUUUGAAGAACUUAGGAACACAUAGGAGUAACGAAUGUUUUAAAAGUGAUCACCGUCCCAAACCAUAAACAGUGUGGAUGUAUAUAAAUGACAGCUAGAUGUAAGCUUAUUUAUUGAAUAAGCAAUUUGAAAUUGUUUUUUUUUCUUUUGCGUGUAGUAAGAAGAAUUGUACUUAUUUAUCUAUUCUGCUGUAAAAUGGAAUCGGCACCAUAUCCUUGUAAUGGCUGAUGACAGCAAAAGGGAUGAGGGAGGAUGAGGAAGUGACCAGGGCAGUGAAAUAAAUCUUCUGGAAUGAUUUUAAAACAA